AUGUCAUCGAAUAACGUGUCUGGUGCGAAUGGCCUGUCAUCAGAUCAGGUUAACAAUAUUCUGCUAGGUAUUGAGCACAUCGACGAACUCAUAUGUGCUAAUUUGCGGAUAGUGUACGAUCCUGAAGACGAGAUAGACGAGUAUAAUUUGGUACCACAAAUCUUGGAAGUUGCCAAUACACAAGAGCAAUAUGUUGCUGGUGGAGUGAAGCAACGUAAAAUAAUUAUAAAGGACGCAAACAUAAACGAGGUUAUAAAAAUUUUUGAGAAAGAUUUUGACACUUUUAAUUAUCGGAAAAAUAGUUCAGGAGACGUUGAAAUAUUGUUCGAUUCUCAAGAAGAUGCUAACAAAUGUAUGAGAAUUGGGGUAGGAAAUCUCGAACUUUCAAGACCUAUCAAUUAUUUCAUAACCACAGACUCCGAAUUUACGGUCAAAGACUUGAAUGAAAAAUUGCUCUUGGGCCCGCUAAAAAUAGAAGAUAAGAAACUGAAAGCGGCGUUGAAUGAGAUAAGUGAGCUGAGCACGUUUCGAAAAUGCUAUGACUUUGUUGGUAACACACCAACCGAUUACUUUGUCUUCUCUUUUGGAAAUAAAAAUGUUGCGGAACAUUUAUGUAAAUUUUUGUCUUUCGUGAAUGUCACCGGGAGGACGUUGAUUGCGUGUUUGUUCUACGAUCAAGUCAAUGUUAUAAAUCUGAAUGAUAUAUUCAACGACAGGUUUGUUAUAGGUGGCCAUGUGCUUACGGCGAAAAUCGAGACCAGGAUAGUUCAGGUCUUGAACAUGUUUUUGCCAGGUGAAAUAUCGCACUUUGACAGGAUUGAUGAAAUGAAAAAAAUGAUAAUUCAAGAAGCAGAAACCGAAGAUAUUGUAAAUAUCUGUGUGCCACUGUCUCUGUAUUCUAAAAACAGAUUAUAUUGUCCCUAUGAAGGUCGCGUUUACGUUGAAUGCAAGGAUAAGGUCUCCGCUCGCAGUGUAUUUUGUAGACUUGGUGGCCUAAUUUUCAAUGGGAGGGUUGUUAUUACUUCAUUUUUUCCUGAGCUGCAUUACCAAGCUCGUGAAUUUAUGUGACAUUAAGGACUAAAACUGCGAAUUCGAGAUCCAGGAACGCUACCUCGAUCAAUAAAUAA